AUGCUUUCAAGUUCGGCGAAACUAUCGUGGCUACAGACCCUCAUUACAGCAGCAGCUUUUAUCCUAUAUGGCUAUAAUCAAUCCGGUCUCUCUGCCUUGUUGAAACUUCCAGAUGUCGUGCGAUUGUUCCCCCAAAUCGACACAAUCGACACAACCGGCGCCCAGGAAUCAACGAAUUCUACGAUUGAAGGUCUUGUCAAUGGCUGCCUUCAAUUAGGUGCACUACAAAUUCGCCUUUCCACCUCUACAGUGGCGAUUCCGUUAGCGAUUCCAGUACUUUUCUCCCUGCUUGUUUGCUGUACGAUUUAUUCUCUACCGGAGUCGCCGCACUGGCUGAUCCAGAAGAACCAAAUAUCCCACGCCAAAGAGGCUCUCGCUCGGUUGAACGGUGUCACAAGUGAUGACAGAGAUAUUGAAAACGAGAUUUAUCGAAUCCAGCACGCGCUUAAGUCGACUCCCUCAGUAUCAAUUAUCGAAAUCUUUCGAGGCAAUAACGAGUGCCGGCUUGGAUAUCGCUUUAUUCUGUGUAUCGCAAUUCAGACACUACAGCAGUUAGUCGGCGAAAGCCUCAUCACGAUUUACACAACCACGAUCUUCGAAGACAACUUACAUCUGCAAGGCGAUAUUCCUGAAAUUGUUGCCGCAUCCUCGUUGACUUGGAAGUUUUUGUGUUCCUUUAUUGCAUUUGUAGCCGUGGACCGGCUUGGGCGGCGCUCACUCUUCGCUUUUAGCGGCACUGGAAUGUGUCUGUGCAUGGUGGUGAUGGCUGUGACAAACAGUCUUUCAGCCUCCAACCAUUCGGCAUCAAUUGUAUCUGCUGUGAUGAUAUUCCUCUUCAAUCUCUUUUAUCCAAUCGGAUUUUUCGGUGGGAAUUUUCUCUAUUGUGCCGAAAUUGCCCCUGUCCGUCUUCGAGUUGCUAUGGCAUCUGUCUCUACCGCCAACCAUUGGAUGUGGAAUUUCACAGUCGCCAUGAUCAGCCUACUGGCACUGUUAAGUAUUGGCUGGAAAUACUACCUAGUAUUUUUUGUAACUUGUGCUUCUAUGCCUGUGAUUAUAUUGCCUUUCUUCCCUGAGACAAUGGGUCGCAAUCUUGAGCUUAUCGAUCAGGUGUUUUCCGAAGCUCCCACUAUCUGGGAUAUCGUUCCCAUGGCUAGGAAAAUUCCAAAGGGGGAUACUGUGGAAACCGAUGCUUUCAAUGAGAAGAAAGAUGAGGAUGGAAAUCACGAACACAAUGAAUUUGCUUAG